GUUGGAUAGUUACACGACAGUAAGUUGCUUUAAGCGUUCUAAACCUAACCUAAAAUAUUCAGAUUUAUCACUUAUUUUCAAUUUUAUUUUUAUAAAUUUAUUAACUAAAUAAGUUUUUCAAAUUAAAAAACAUGGCCGAAGCAAUGAGACAAGCUGUUGUGGAAAUGUUGAAGGGAAUAGAAAGAUAUAAUCCCGAAAAUUUGACAACUUUGGAAAAUUAUGUGGAAAUUCAAGCGAGAGAAAAUGCCUAUGAUUUGGAGGCAAAUUUGGCAGUUUUAAAAUUGUAUCAACUUAAUCCACAACGAUUUAAAGUUAAUAUAACUUGUCAAAUUCUUUUGAAGGCUCUAACCAAUUUGCCACACACAGAUUUUGUUUUGUGCAAAUGCCUCUUAAGUGAAAGUAUUAUGGCAGAGGAGCCUAUUAAUCAAAUAAUGUACUUGGGAGAUAUUUUGGAGCAGUGUGAUUUUCAACUUUUUUGGGAACGCGCUCGCACAAUGUCCGAGUUAUAUGAUAGUAUCAUUGGUUUUCAAGAUUCAAUUCGAAAAUUCGUUUGUCAUGUUGUGGGAAUAACAUUUCAAACAAUAGACAAACCUCUACUUUCACAAUUAUUAGGCGACGUUGAAGACACGACACUCAAUCAUUGGGUGCAAAAAUAUGGAUGGAGAGAACAAAGUAGACAAGGAAAAAAUAUUAUUUUCAUUGCAAAUCAAGACGAGAACAUAAAAACAAAGAAUAUCACGGAAAAAAUUGAUUUUGAAAAUGUUGCUGGUUUAAUGGCUGCUUGCUUAUAAUUCGCAAAAAGAAAAGUGUGACAACAAAAAUUUUUUAUUUAAACUAUUUCUGCUCGACUCAAUUUGAAAAUGAAAAUUAUAGCGAAUUAUGUUUGUUUCAGAUUUAUUUCACAUUGUCCAAAACUAAAUAAAUAAGAUUUUCUAAAGAA